UUUCCUCACCAGGAUGGAAGCGAAAAAAACGAUUUGACAGCUCGUCAGGCAGCUAACCAGUAAGCGGAGGGAGAGCUUCCUGCAUAUAGUUUUGUUAUUUGGGUUUUUGGCCUGUUCUUGCUAUUCAGUCGAUUCAAAUUCCACCAUGACAUCCACCUUAGACGAAAACAGCAAGGAAAAGAUGCGCUCUGUGUCUGUGGAUCUAAACAACGAUGCCUCGCUUCUCAUUGACAUUCCUGAUGCACUCUGUGAAAGAGACAAAGUCAAGUUUACUGUCCAUACAAAGACCACACUUAGCUCUUUCCAGAAGCCAGAUUUCUCCGUACCCAGGCAGCAUGAAGACUUCAUUUGGCUGCAUGACACUUUGGUUGAGACAGAGGACUACGCUGGCCUGAUAAUUCCUCCAGCUCCCCCAAAGCCUGACUUUGAUAGCCCAAGAGAGAAGAUGCACAAACUGGGGGAAGGUGAAGCCACCAUGACCAAAGAGGAGUAUGCUAAAAUGAAGCAGGAGCUGGAGGCUGAAUACCUGGCUGUGUUCAAGAAGACUGUCCAAGUGCACGAAGUUUUCCUGCAGAGAUUGUCCUCUCACCCCAUUUUAAGCAAAGACAGAAACUUCCAGAUUUUCUUAGAGUAUGACCAGGAUCUGAGUGUGAGAAGAAAGAAUGCCAAGGAAAUGUUUGGAGGAUUCUUUAAAAACAUGGUGAAGUCAGCUGAUGAGGUCCUUAUCUCAGGAGUAAAGGAAGUUGACGACUUUUUUGAGCAGGAGAAGACAUUCCUGCUUGACUACUACAGCAAGAUAAAAGAUUCCACUACCAAAGCAGAGAAGAUGACCCGCUCGCACAAAAAUAUUGCGGAUGAUUACAUUCACAUCUCUGCUACUUUGAACAGCAUCUCUGCUGAUGAUAGUACAGCAAAUAAGAAACACCUGGAGAAGUUGUCAGACCUGUUUGAGAAACUCAGAAAAGUGGAGGGAAGAGUAGCAUCUGACCAGGAGCUGAAACUGACAGAGCUGCUAAGAUACUACAUGAGAGACAUCCAGGCAGCCAAGGACCUUUUAUACAGGCGAGCCCGGGCAUUAGCUGACUAUGAGAACUCUAACAAAGCUUUGGAUAAGGCUCGACUGAAAAGCAAGGACAUUCCCCAGGCAGAGGAGCACCAGCAGCACUGCCUGCAGAAAUUUGACAAGCUUUCAGAGUCUGGGAAGAAAGAGCUUACCAGUUUCAAGGGCAGGCGUGUAGUGGCCUUUAGGAAGAACCUCAUAGAGAUGGCUGAGCUCGAGAUAAAACAUGCCAAGAACAAUGUGACUCUAUUGCAGGGAUGUAUUGACCUGCUCAAGAGCAACUGACAUGCUUUCAAAUCUUCCUGUCCUACCAUCACCAAGUGACCAGUCAUAACAAAUGGAAACCUGGCGUCCCCGGGGCCUUGCAUGGACAUGAAUCCAAGCCCCAUCUCUGCUCCCACCCAGGGGUCUGAUGCCACUUUAAAACCCUGCACGAGACCAAGUGUCUUGGAAGCAGAAUGUCUUCAUGUUUACAGAGCCCCCUGUCCUCUGGUCUGUGGUCCAUUCUUUUCCAUGAUUUAUGGAAGUCAAACUCAAUGUGAAUGCCAUUACAGAACGAGGCUGCCACCAUUAAGGUCUUCCAUAUUUUUUGCAGCACCGACACAGGUGACUUUUGGUUUUUUUUUUUUGGUAAUUUCUUGAUUUGUCAUUUUUACAUUAUGCACAUAGUAGAAAUCUUGGCUUUUUGAUCCUAUUUCUGCCACAAAUUCAAACUCUAACCCCCCUCCCUCAUGUAAAUAUACCCUUCCCUUGGCUUGGAGAAAGUUUUUUUUUUUUUUUUUUUUUUUCCUUUGCAUAGCCAUAACCUACGUUUUAUGAUUUAUAUGCUUGUGCUUGCAUUUUGUUUUGUUUUUUUUUGUUUGUUUGCUGAUGGAACCUCUUUAUAAAAGCAAAAGUAGUGCCUGGAAAAAACAUCCUCAUGCUUUGCAUUCCUGGGUUCUGAGAGCAGAGUGCAACCAAACCAACCCUCUAGUAAUGAAACUCGUGACUGACGUAGAAGACAAGAUAGAUCAUCUUCAAGUGUUCAAAAAUAGCUGCACUUCACCUCAGGAAUGGACAGUUGGAUUGGUCCGUAUAUUGUUUGUAAGAAGUAGCCUCAGAUUCCACAGUUGUCAAAGAACCACACUAUUUUUGCAAAUAUGGAUAAAUCAGAUUUCAGUAACAGAUUUGCGAAGGAAAAAAGUCAAACAAUAGAUCACUUUCAUCUAAGAAAACUCAACAUUAGUAAUGACAAUUAGUCUUCAGUUUGGCUUUAUUUGCACAAGGCUCCCAUUAUACCCCUGCAUUACAUGUAUUAGGUCUCUAGCAGUUUUUUCGCCCCAGCCACCUCUGCCCAUUAACUCUUUCCUUUACCUUUUAAUGAUUGUUUUCUUUAUUUUACUAAAUUACCAUUUCUUAUUGACAGACUCCGUGUAUCAGACGUGAUAUAUUUACCAGAUCUUCUAAACAGUUUGUUUAUUUAAAACAGAAAGAAAAAAAAAAGAUGCACUAAAGAGAUGAAAAAUACUUUACAAUCAUGACCAGGCAGGAGUGGAGUGUUAAAAUGCAUUAUAGUUUUUUAAGAAAUUGAAUGUAUUUCUAAUGGAUUCCAACUGUGUGAAUUCCUUUCCAUGAUGCUUUUCUUACAGAACUUUAGCAUUUUAUAAAUUUUUAAUAAUGGCAUUGAAUAAAUCCUACUUUCCCAAGUU